UUUAAAAACCUACAAGUCGCUGGAAAGGAAAAUACUCUCUACUUUCUUGCAAGGAGUGUUGGUGAAUCAAGACCUGGUGGAAGUGGGCCAAGGAUGUCACUUGACCGUAUGCCUUUUGGUCUCAUCCACCACAACCUCCAAUUCUUUGCCAAAGAUAAUGUUUCAAACCUCCACCCAUGUGAGCACUAUGCUGAAUGGUUGACGACAAUGUUUGCUCACUUUGGUCACAAAUGGGACAAACUCUACCGAGGGCCAAUGUGGAGUUAUGAUGGAGAUUCCUCAGAUGAGGAAGGAGAUGUCCCACCUGUCCUUGAGCCGCAGAUUUCUCAAAGUUUACAUAAUGUUAUCACCCAGGAAUCAGAAGAGCCUACAUCAACCAGUUUCAACAGACCAUUUGAUGAGAUGGGUGAUUUAUUGUCCCAGGCAGUCCGGGAAACUGAAGGUCUGGAAGAACUAAUGUGUAAUACUGGCACUCAAGACAUAGAACCAUCCCCAGAAAUAUCUACUCUUUGGAAUGGGUUGAGUGUUAGUGACAUGGCAGAGCUUGAACAAGCUUCUGACUCACCACUCCAGAUAGAGCAACUCCACAAUGCUAGACCUUCAAGAACCAGGAAGCACAAGCAUGCAAAGCGUGAUCCACUGAAGGUGAUAUCAUAUGGUUAUGUGGGCUGAUUAUGAUCAAUGUCAAUAGUGUGGUGUCAUAUUGAGGCCUUUGUAAAGGGCUGUUGGUUGUAUUUUAUUUUAUUUCUGCCUGAUUGUUAUUAUUAAAAGCAUGUAUGUAAAAGGUGGUCUAGAAAGUAUUAUGCAUGGUAUGUGAGAAAGCUUCUUCCAUAAGUACAAAAUGAUAUAAUUGCCCCCUUAACAUGCCCACUUUGUUUGCAGGCCAAGGUUAAUGUUGUUGGUCUCUCAUCAAGACAGCUUCAGAGGAGAAUCCAACAAAAAGGCUUCACCAGGGACACAAGCAUCCAGGUAAGCUCAGUUUUGUAUUAA